GGAUCUUUUGCAACAUCGGAAAAGAAGAAACCAGAUCAAUAAAGGAAGUUGCUGGCCACACAGAGGUGGAGAUGGUCCUGUCAAACUCAGUCGUCCAUUUGAGAAUGUCUGAGCAUGUGGUUUUAUUUACCCUGAUUCUCUCUGGACUGCUGAGUGCCCCAGUGUCCCUAGACAGGGCAACCUUGACUGCCUGAUGGCCCUGCUGGUCUCACUUCCUGGAAGGAAUCUGGCUAUGCCUCAACUCCUUAUUUUGCUGUCGGCAUCAUGUCUUCACACUGCAGGAUACACAAGGGUAAAUGACUUUGGUGUCAACCAACCAGCUGUCCUCUCUGGAGUCCAGGGCGGCUCCAUUGAGAUCCCCUUCUCCUUCUACUUCCCCUGGGAGUUGGCCAAGGAUCCUCAAAUGAGCAUAGCCUGGAGAUGGAAGGACUUCCAUGGGGAAUUCAUCUACAACUCCACCUUGGCUUUCCUUCAUGAACAUUUUAAGGGCCGGGUUAUUGUGAAUUGGACACAGGGUCAGACAUCUGGUGUCCUCAGAAUCCUGAACUUAAAGGAGAAUGACCAGGCCAGAUAUAUCAGCAGAGUUUCUCUGCAAACAACUGAAGGCAUGAAGUCGUGGCAGUCUGUAGCUGGAACCCAACUCAUCAUCAUUCAUGCUCCCAGUACUACCGUGGUGAGCCCCUCCAUCAUCCCCUCUGCCGUCCCCACAGCUGGUCUGGAGGACACAAGGGGCCAGAGGAAUCCUUCACUGCUGAAAUUGGGAGCCAUGGUUGGGAUGGUCAUGUCCAAAGUUGUGGUCAUCAUCCCCCUCUAUGGAUGGGUGAUCUUCCUGUGGUGGAAGCAAAGGCCAGCAGAAUAAAGACUAAAUCCUAGUAAGCCUUCCAUGUCUUCUCGCUGGGAGUCAGAGCUAAUGGCUGCUGGAUUCUCCUGUGAAAAUCAUUCUUGGAUAACCCCCACUUCUGCCAUAGGGGCUCGGAUACCCUCCCCUUGGAACCAAGGUCCUCCUGUGUGUCUCUGGGCCUGAGAGCCUGACUGUGCUGUUCUCUAUCUGCUCAUGGAGUUAUUGACACUGUUAAUAAAUAUCUUACUCCCAGCAAUCCAUCUCAGUGUGUCUGCUGAGCCCCCAUCCUUUUCCCUUCCUGACACUUCUUAGAGAGUGUAGACUGUGUCUAGGGUGUAGGUCACAGGGAUAGAUGUAAGGGCCACGGUCUUCAUUGAAACCCAUAGCCUGAGAAUCAGAUUUCUCCUCUUCCUACUCUCUGGAUGCUGACAUCUCAUCCAGAGCCCACCCCUCCCCACAUGCUUCACAUCAAGUGUCAGAGCAUGGCUUGUUUGGGUCCCAUGUUGAGCUUUCUUUACUCACAAGCCCAACUGUAUGCCCUCACUUUCUCAUUUCCUUCCAUGUUGACAUUCUGCACUCUCGAUUCUCUCCUAAAAUGGGAAAUUUUUCCUAAGUCCAGUCUGUCCUAAUAUUUGAUAGUCAGCAGGUCACCUUAUAAUAAAAAUUUGUGGGUACACAGGAAACCAUCCACAGUGAUCCAGAAGGAAUGAAACCAUGCUUCUUAUGACAGAAGAAUUUCACAGCCACGCUCUAAAGAGAUUUACCAACCAUAGUGAGCCAUAAAUGAAGUGGUAUGGAAAUAGCUCCAGUUCUCCAAUCACAAGCCUCCAAUGAAUAUCAUCCAUGGGCUGUUUCUUGGUCAUUUGGAAGCUGUUUGGUCAUGAUGAGGUCACCAAAACUCAUGUGGCCAAAGUGAAGUGUCCUGGAACAGCUGUGAGAUGUCUACUGUGGUUGUGACUGCAUCCUAGCCCCUGAGACUGAACUCUGCAACUCUAAGGGGCAUGGUGAUAUUGGGCAUUCCUGAAGGCUGCCAAGAUGCUGGUCUGUCCAGUCAUCUCAAGGAGUCUCAUGCACCUGUAAGAAAGGGCCCUAAUCCACUUGUUCAAAUGGUCAUGUGACGUCUCAGGUCCUUUUCUAUUGCAUAAGAGGGAAAAUCCAGAGAUAAGCCCAGAGCAAAGACUUACAGAGUCAACAUUCUCAUCUCUACAUAUGUGCUUAACUCAGGUUGUAUACAUUUAGGCAGACUGUGUCUCUGAUCUGCCAAAAGGGAACAUUAUGUUCCAACUAGAGAGUAGAUAUUGGCUUCUGCCCUGGUGAUGCGUAUUUGGAAUUUAUGUACUCUAGACCAAACUGAUCAGUAAGAAAAAGGACUAAAAGAAAUUGGGGAUCAUACCAUUCCUGUCAUCCCAACAAUUGACAAUAUUACCAAUUGUAACAUUGAUUCUCAACCUGUGUGUCACCACCGCUUUGAAGCUCGGAGAACAUUUUCACAGGAGUCACAUUUCAGAUAUCCUGAAUAUCAGAUGUUUAUAUUAUGAUCAUAACUGUAGCAAAAUUGCAGUUCUGAAAUACCAAUGAAACAAUUCUAUGAUUGGAGUCACCCCAACAUGAGGAAAUGUCAGAGCAUUAGGAAGCUUGUGAACUACAGAAUUAGAGGCUAUUCUUGGUACUUCUUGAGUUUAGGCUAGCCUGGGUUACAUGAGACGCUGUCUUUAAAUCAACAGCAAAGCUUAACAAAACUGAAACCAGUAAAGUGUGUCAUGAGAAAAGACCCUCACUUAGCUCCCUUUUCCCUGGAGAUGGAGAACUUGAAUAUGAUACUUAGCUUCUCUCCAGAUUUAUAUAAAAUAUAAUGUGACUAACAGUACUUCAGUUUUUGUAUGUUCUUUUUGUUUUCUUCUGUUUUGGAGGAGGGGGUUUCUCUAUUACAUACAUCUGACUAUCCUGGAACUUGCUUCGUACACAAAAAAUCUGGCCUUAAAGUCAGAAAAAUCUCCUGCUGCUGCAUCGUACUAAAUUUCCCGACAUAUUAGGGUAUUAACACUUUCCUGUUUUUUGUUCAUUUAUUUCUUUUGAUUUUGGUUUGUUUUAAGCUAAAUAUAAUAACCCCGAGGAGGGGGCUGUGAGUUUCUCUGUUUCUGUGACCACAAACUUGAUGACAUACCUAUAAAUGUCUCUAUCCUUGGCUAUCAGCAGAUGUUGGGGCAGACUGAACUGUUUCCACAGUCCCACUCACUGGACCUUUAGACCACAGUAUAGAGUCUCUUCCUGGGGACUCCCCUGGGCAGGGGUGCAGGCAGGAGCUCAUCUGAGGCUGAGGACCAGGUCUACACCACCAGCUGCCAUCCUUCCCCCACCCUCUCUAGCUUCUCCACUCUGUCCCGGCACCAGCCUGGGGGAUUACUUUGUGAUCACACUCUGGAUCUUUGUGUUGUCACUAGGGAAGAGAGAUCAAUUAGUGUGUGUGUAAGGAAGUGGUGACAAGAAUGGAGAAGACAGGGACAGUUUUCAUCUAUGAGGGUAUCUGCUGGGCUCACAGAACCUGCAGUAUGUGUUAUCUGAGGGAAGCCUCUGGAUCAUCUACAGAGAAACAGGAAGGGUUGAGCCUGUUUUCUCCCCCUGCUGUCAUGGGAUAAGUUAAUUAGUUAUAAAGUCAGAGAGUCUGAAUGCUGUGAACAAAGUCAGGAAGUAGAGUGUCAAGAAUCACAGAGCCUCAUCUUAUGGAGGCCUUGUUUAGUCAGGAUGAUGAUGGGCAAUAUGUUGUAACAGACCAUAUUUUAAAGGAUCCUUGCAUGAUACGUGUUUGAGAUCUGGUGCAUGUGUGUGCAAGUAAGUUUGGGCCCAGGUAUUGAAGUCCAGAGGACAACCUCAGGUAUGGUAAUUAGCAACACCCUCCAAGUUCACCAUCAACCUUCUGUUUCUGUUUUUGAUUGUUUGGUGUUUUGUUUGAUACAUAGACUUUUGUAUGUUUGGCUGGGAUUUAUUGGUCAUGUUGUUGGAUUUGUUUUUGUUUUAGUUUUGUUUAUUCUUUGACACAAGUCUUCACUCUGCUCCAUUUGCUGUCUAAAAUCUGGAUACAUAGACAAUACAGCUUCAAACUCUAUGAGAUCCAUGUGCUUCUGUCUUCCUCCUCCCAAAUCUAGACUUGUAGGCCCAUGACCAAUGUGGGUUAUAAUAUUUUAAAUAAUACUUACUCAUUCAUUCUGGGGUGUGUAGGGUAGGUAGGGACACAUGUGCUACUCCCUCAGCAUCACUCAUAUUCCUGUCCUGCAACAUGACACUUCCCAUGGUACUGUGAUAUGCAAAAGCCCUGUGUGCACACCAAAACCACAGACUUCUUGUCCCAAGAAUAGUUCAUGAUUUGAGAUUAAGGAGCCAGCAGGUGGCAGCAGUGCAGCUGAGCACAGGGCGUAAUUGGCAUUCUUAGAACCCACCAGAGGCUGCUGUAUUAAAAACGUGGUGUCCAGCAGCUGACUUAUGGCAGUCUUGUCAGGUCCAGGCCCUCCUUGGGUGGGUUAGUAACCAGAUGACCUUCUACCCAGAGACCUCUGAUAGGCAGGGUAAGGUAGAUUAAAUCUGGAGGUGAGUGCUCAUGGCCACUAGGACAUUCUUACCUCACUGAGCCAAAGAUGUCAUCUGGUAGAGUGUGUUUUUGCCUGUCAUGGACAGAAAAUGAUGUUCUUUGUCCGCUGAGAGACAAAGGAUACGCAUUAUGCACACCUGUAUUCACCACUGAGGAGAGGCACAGAUAGGAGGGUCUGUAGGAGUUUCAGAUCGUCCUUGAAUACAUAACAAAUUUAAGGACAAGCCUGGUCAAACCAUAGCCUAAAUACCUGUCAGAUGAUCACCUGUCAUCCCAAAAGGUUGGGGCCCCUUUGGGGAAGUUUAUUAUGAGAGGCAGGCAAGGGAGCAAGAGAGAUGAUUCAGCUAGAGAGGUGUACAUGGGUAGCAGGGCCUGAGGUUGAUCUGGAGCAGCCACACUAUAAAUCAGGGAUAUGACAGGAAUUUGUCAUCCCAGCCCUGCAUGAGCAAGAGACAGGGAGAGGCAUGGGGCUGACCAUGUAGCUAGUCUAGCCUAAUUGGUUAGGUGCAUACCCAUGAGAGCCAUGGUAUAAAAAACUGUGUGGGGGCUGGGGAUUUAGCUCAGUGGUAGAGCGCUUACCUAGGAAGCACAAGGCCCUGGGUUCGGUCCCCAGCUCCGAAAAAAAAAAAAAAAGAACCAAAAAAAAAAAAAAAAAAACCAAAAACUGUGUGGAUUUCUCAAGACGAUCAUCAUGGUCAUAACAUUUUAUAAGUUUAUGGUAAAUGAAGUAUUUUUAAAUGCUACAUUAAUGAACAGCAAAUCAGGGUAUGGCAGUGAGAUAUGGAGCUCAGUAGAAAUGCUGCCUAACACAGUGACCUGGGUGUGAUUCCUGGGGACUCAAAUGGUACAUGGAGAAAACUGACUGUGGACAAUUGUCCUCUGCCUGGCAGGAUCACCCACAGGCUCCUGAUGAGACAUCAUCUGUUAGUCCUCAGGUAACAGACUUCCUGGUGCCAUGACCUCUCACCAUGGAGGUGCGUUACUUCAAAGUAGUGAUUGAGGGGACCCACCCUGCAUAUCACCACCCUCCCUACUUCUUGCAUGGGAAUGAGAGCACUUGGAUGCAGGAUCAUGUGUGAUACAUCCUAGGAAUCCAUGUCAGCUCUGAUGUCCUCUCCUUUGGUCCCAUGUCAUCCUGUCUUUCUCUGGUCAUGAGAGCCUAACUGGUGUUCUCUGUGUGUUUAUGAAUUUGUAAUACUUUUUAAUGAAUGUGGGAUAAUACAUAAAACAAUUCAAGGAGCCAGUUCAGAGCAAUACUAAGAUCAAGCCAGAAAAUCACAUUCUGAGAGGAGCAGAACUUAGGAGUGUUCCUUCCUUCUCCAGUCUGCAUAUUCAGGUCCAAGAAGCGUGUACCACCCCCAUCUCUGCCAUUAUUGAAGAAGUAAUAACAAGAUGGCCGAAUUACAGGUCUAAUUUCAUUUUUUUGCCAUAGAGACAUAUCCAUAACCUGUAAUAUCUUUUCAUGCAAAUGAAGCUCUCUCAGACCCUCAGCACAAGCCAAUCAUGUACAUUCAUCCUGUAACCAAUAAUCAUUUUGGAAAUUUCAUAUAGCCUCUGUUACUUCCAAUAAAUCACAGCUCUAUCACUGAAAACCUCUCAGAGAAACCUGUUUCUCCACAGGACACAAUUCAGAAGAGAUCUUGUGAGUGAACACCCCUGGAAAAACUUUGUUCCUAUCCUUCCAGCAGAGAGCUCAUCUUUCCUGUAGACCUUAAGGUCAGAAGAAGAACCAGUCCAGCAAAUGAAAGUCUCACUCCAAGAAAUCCUUCUCAGUAUUUGUCUUGACCCUUUUCUCCCAUGUGUGACCUCUAAGAGAGUGGCAGACUCUGUCUAGGAUACAAGUCAGUGGGACAGGGGCAAGGACCAGGGUCCAUAUUGAGAAUAACAGCCUGAGAAUCAGGGUUCCCCUCUCCCUUAUUCCCUGCACACUGCCAUCUCAUCUAGAAACUUGACCCCCCUCCCUCCAUGCUUUACAUUCAGUGACAGACAACAUGUCAUGUUUAAUGCCCAUGUUGGGCUUUUCCUGAAAGGUCCAAGUAUACACACUAAUUUUCUCAUUUCCUGCCAUGUUGAUAUUCUGGACUCUGGGUUCUCUUCUAGGAUAGUUCCUUUUUGCCAUGUUCAGUCUGUCUUAACUUUUGAUAGUCAGCAGACCUGCUCCUAACAGAACACAGAAACUUUCCAUUCCGACCCAUGCUUGAUAGAGUUCCUUCAAGCACAGUGUGUCAUAGCUGCAGUGUGGUACCAAUGUGUAGAGGGCCGCAAUAACAUUCGCCACCGCUAGAUGGCGCUGGCUUCCACUGUGCCCCAUGUGGAAGGUCAGGAUAGCCUCCGCCAUUACAAGAUGGCGCCAGCCUUCGCCGCGCCAGCCGACUCCCUUUCAGGAAGUUAACUGUGCGCAUGUGCAAGAGUGCCUUCAUGCCAGGUCUUUGCCCACUCUGGGGCGUGCCUGAUGAGAUCAUGGGUAAACAACCAAUCAGGUGUGGAUGUGCCACGCUAGGGUGUAUAUAAGCACACCAUGUUAGCGCGCCAAGGCUUCCUCUUUAAGAUCAUAAUAAAGUUUGGUCACAGUAAGGA